UCCCAGAGGACCUCAUGACUCCUGAUUAGCUCGAGUUGGUGCCCGCGCUGUAUGUGCUCAUAUUUCUUCCCCCUUCUGUUUUAUUAAUAAAUGUAAACAGAUUAAAUGUUGCCUGGGAGACCUGUGGCAUAUGUUUAAACUCGGUCAGAGAGAGGCCAGACUAUCUCUGUCCUAUUUUCAUAUUCAGUUGGCUACCAGCUCUUCAGUUGGGGUUCACUUCAUGGUUAUUGUCCUGGAAUUUUGUUAUCUGAGUUGAGAGGUCAACAUAUAAAAUGGAGGAUCAAGAAAUGAACUUUGAGCAAACUUAUGGAUCUCUAUCAGAGACAGACAGAACAUUUGAACCCUUAUUUAUUGAAGAGGAAGAUGAAGACUACUUUGAAGAUUGUUUGGAAGAGAUCGAGGCUGCUCUAACUCUUCCCGGAGAGUCCAUGCCUUAUUCACAAAAAUGCAAAGAUGCUUUGCAAGCUGAGUUUAAUGGACUUAUGCAACAGAUGUUGGCACAGUUAGAUGUUUUUGAUGCAGCUCACUCAACCACAUCUGCACCACUAGAGUUAUUUACAGAAACAGAGAACAAAAUGGACAAGAAUGGAAUAACAAAAACAAUAAAGUUUGGAGAAAAAUGCAUUCCACAGCAAACUGUGUUGGAGGGAGAAGUUGAUGCUGCAGACAUCCCUGUCGAGGCAAGGCCUGAGUUGUCUGCCACCAUGGAAUUACAAAAGCUCAGAACAGCAUUUGAGAGCUGUAUUGAGGAGGUGGGCCAGUUGGAGCGCAGAAGGGAUGAGUUGGUUCAGGAGCUUCUGCAACUGGAGGAGCCCAUGGCCCAAGAGCUGCAGACUGUAAGGGAAUCUCUGGGGGAGGAAAAAGGCCUCCUGUCCAAAGUCAGGCUGGAGAGACAGAGCCUGCAGGAAGAGACUCUAAUGACUAAGAGACGCCUGUUCAUAGCGGCCCGAGGCUGUGCACAGAGACAAGCAGAGCUUGAAUUACAACAGAAAGAGGUGGAGCAGCUCAACCAAGCUCAGGAGGAGCUGAAGUCCCUUGCUGUUAAGCUGACUGAGGAGAUUACCAAGAUUCAUUCAGAUCACCAAAGCCACCUGCAGGAAGUGCAGAAGCAGCAGAAAAUCACUCAAGAAUCCAGCAAGAGGAAGACCCGCUCUUAUGUGACUCAAGGACGACGGGCCUCUUGUGACCUACAGCAGUACCUACACGGUGGAAUAAAAGCUCUGGAGGAAUUUUACGAACCCCGGUUAGUGUCCCUGCUAAAGAGACGGGAGGCUACCAUGGAUGCUCUCAGUAAGGCUAAAGAGCAGUGCCAAGAGAUGAAAGCCCAGUUAGAACCACUGAGAGAAGAAGAGCAGAUGCUGAGACUCCAGAGAACUUGUCUGGAGGAGAGGAUCCGACUAAUGGAGAAACAGAGGAGGGAAAAUGUAGAACAAUAUCGGGAGACGGUUGACGUCUUAGAGGAGAACAUCAGAGAACUGAAAAUUCAGCUCAAGAUCCAGAUAAAGAAGAGUGAAGAAUUGGAGAUGCAGAAGAAAAGCAUGGCCAAAGAGCUGAUCUUCUACAGAGAGAGUGUAGAGGGUCCUCGCAAGCAAGAGAACAGUGUGGUGGUGGAAAAAACCUAAUGAACUAAUGUUUGUGUUAUUUUCUCAUUAGUUGUUAAAUGCUUUUGACAUCUUGUCAUAGUUUAACCUGAAUGGCAUGUGUUCUCUAUCAUAAACAAUCACCAAAACAAUAAGCACUAUUUACCAAAGACACAAGUCAAUGUUCUCUGCAAACCAAUUUUAAAAAGCUCUCUGAACACCAGGACCAAUGUCAGAUCUAGAUCUUUAUCUGACAAGCUCAGAAUGUUCUUAAAACAGCGUUUUUGUUGUGUCAGUUGUGUAUAAGAGGGAAUAAAGCCCUUAUAUCCAGUGGUGCCUGUGAAUUAAGUGCUUUCUCUUAUAAGUGAAGUGGGCAAAACAAGGACUUAUUUGGGCACGUAAGAGAGCUCUCUAAACAAACCGACAGCAUGAUGGUGAGAACGUGUAGAUAAAGGACUACUACGAGAUGAUGAAUUAAGUGCUUUGUUGAUUUAAAGUGUCUUGUUAAUAAGAUCUGAGAUAAACAUGUACGAAGUAGAAAUUGUGUUUAUAUGGCUCGUCUCGUACCUAGUCGCGGAUAGAGUAGCCUACAAGGAUACAAACUCUGUCAUAGUGACAGGGGGCAUGUUUUUUUUUUGUUGUUGUUGUUGUUUUUUUAAAUAAGAUUGAAUAAGUGGCUAUUUUAGGAAAUUUUGAUAAAAUGCAGAAAAUAUUAACCAUACAAUCUGACAAUGACAAAAAUAAAAGGUAUUUUGUUGAACACUG